AUGCCGCCAAAACGCGCCGCAAAGACGGCAGCCAAGGCCGCGCCUGCCACAACCGCGAAGACACCAGCUACACGAGGCACUCGAUCGCGUGCGCAAAAGGCGACACCACCGCAAGAAGAACAGCCAGAAGAAGAGGCGGAAGUCAUCACUACUGUCCGUAGUACAAGGUCGCGCAAAUCCACGAAUGUCGAGCAAGAUUCACCUACACAAGAAGAAGAGGCUGCGAUAAGCGAUGCGAUGCCUCAACCGCGAACGAAACAACGACCAUUGACGCGUGGUCGACCUCCGCGAACGGUCAAGAAGCCAGCACCAAGCAAGGCAAACAAGGGUGCUAUGGACAACUUGAAGGCGCGUAUGGAGGAGGAUCGCAGAGCGACGAAAGCUGGACUGGUCACGCAAUCCGUGCCUGAGAGUCAGUCGCAACAAGCCGAACGUGCGAUUCGUGAGGCUACCAACAACGAUGGAGAUGCUGCUCUGGUGCCUGCUCGUCCUGCUCGUCCUGCUCCACGAUCGCCAUCACCGGCCAGACAUACGGCAGUUCCUGGAACGGCGGUCAAGGCGCCCGCUAGUGUCGCGCGUCCCCAGUCUGCUGUAAAGAUGCAGAGCACACCAGGAGCAGAAUCAUCUGUCCUCGCCUUGCAAAACUUCAGACGUCGUGCCCGUCAGCCUAGCUUGCUGCAGAUGGUCCAGAAUCCAGAACUCGUUGCUGCUUCCCCGAUCGACGACACGACCGACUUUACGCUUGGAAGCUUGGGUGAUGAGGACGACUUUGCGCCCCAUGACGAGAGUACGCCGUUGCAGGUUUCCAAGAGCAAGCCAGUCGAUGUAGAACAAGAAGUAGAAGAGGCCGAGGAAGGGGAAGAGCAGCAGAAGGCGCAAACACCCGAGGCAGCCCUGCCCGACUCAGACGACGAAUUCUACGGAGCGACACCACAAAAGACGUCACAACGGCAGACUCGCAAGCGCAAGUCAGAUGCCAUCGACGACUCCGAAGUUCAAGUCACCCGCUCAUCACCUUCAUUACCAUCGCCAUCACGAUCAAUUGCCGAGCCAGAAGAGUACGAAGCCAUCCCGGCCACAGCACCCGAUGAUGAUGAGGAACAAGCAGCAACCACAGAGUCGCAACAAGAACGACUGCUCAGUGACACCUACGCAGACCCCAUGAGCAGCUCACCACCACCCGAACCAAUUAGUCCCACCUCUCCCGAACAACACCGUCAAACUCCCGCCCUCUCACCCUCAGCAAUACGCAAAUCUGCUCGUGCAGGUGGUCAGUCUAAGAAGAUCAAGCCCUUGACCACCGCUACACUACGAGCCAUGCUCCCCAAACGCCGAGCACAACGCAAAGACGAGUUUGACUUUACCUCUAGUUCAGCACACGAAGCCUCGUCCUUGGCCUUUGAGGAUGAAAGGCGAAAGAAAGCAAAGACGAAGAAGCCCACGGCGCCUAAAAAGACACCAGUCGCGAAGGCGAAGAAGCCAGCAACUACGGCAGCGACGAGCAAAAGGACAUCACGAACCUAUGGUCGCAGCAAUAAAGAGAAUGACCCUGUGCAUAUCUCUUCUGGCUCCUCGUCGUUGUCGGAGCUCAAUAGUGACGAUCUGGAAGCAGAUGAGACUGCAGAUACAAGUCUUGAUACCAUCAAGGGUGCCAAGUCUGAUGACAAGGUCUCAGAUGAGUUGAGAAAGGCGAGAGAGAAGUUCAUGGAGGUUGAUGACUGGGAGAUGGAGUUUGAGAGCGCCAGUAUUGGCGUUGGUGAUGCUAGCAGUCCGUGGCGGUAAUAUGUGCUCGGUGACUUUGCUUUGGGCUUGCGAUGGUGUUGUUGGUGGUAUUGGGGGAAGAUGGGCACAAGGGUAUACGGAUAAGAGCGAUUUUGGUGGUGUCAUGUAUUUUUUUUGAAAGAUGUUCUUUUUUCGCCAUCAACUACACCUUGAUCAAUCUUGGUCUUGGGUGAUGAAAAAUGAUAAGCUAGAGUGGUUUUUUUUC